AUGUAUUACAACAAUAAACAACAAGACGCAUCAACAAAGAGAGGAGGAUCACCCUCUCGCUUCACAUUACCCCCAAUUAGCUCGACGACUCACGUUUCUACGCCAUUGCCGCCAUUACCAAAGAGGCAUGAACCAACAGCAUUCUUUCCUUAUCAACAACAGCAACAGCAACAGCAACAGCAACAGCAGCAGCAACAGCAGCAGCAACAAACACAACGCCAAGUGUCUCAUCCACAACAUCAAAAACACCAUACAAAGAAAUCGACAUAUUCGUAUUCACCCUAUCUAGAGAGUAAUGAUCAUAUUGUCAUGCAGCAACACGAAGAGUAUUACUAUCCAAUUUAUAAUAACAUAACAAGCAAUAGUAACUCUGCCUGGUCAGAAGAUUUACCUCCAACAAUAGAUCACCCCAAGCUAAAAAAGAAGAAUGACAUGAAUGAGAGGAUGGCGGGCAUUAAUCGUGAAUUCAUUGAGAAUCGAGAAAUUUUGUACGAAGAGAAAUUGAAGCAGUUACAGGAUGAAUUAGUUGCUAUAGAGAAGGGCAGCCACGAAAUGUACGAUGAACAUCUAGCAGAUCUAGAGGAGAAGAGACGAAAGAUGAUUCACGAUGCUCGAUUAAUGAUGAUUUAUCAAAUCUCAAGCGUGGAUCAAGAAUUUGACAUGAACAACAAGCUUGUUCAGGAGGAGUGUCUGGCGGAAAGAAGAGAGUUGCAGAAUGCCAUGUUUACCGUGAUAGAGGAGAAGCGUAAGAAGCUAAAAGAAGAUAAGGAUGGGGAAGGCGAAUUAGGGCUAUCUACACAUCAUACACGAAAUAAGCAGCGAUUACUGAGAAAACGAGGCGAGAUACUGGAUGGAUAUUUGACGGCACAACAGCAAUCCUUAUCGUCGCCGGUGAUAAGUCAAAAGAGAAAACAAGAUCAUAUCCUUUUUUUUUUGCCAUCAUUCUAUAAUGUGUAUUACUGA